UUUACUUGGAAAUAAACCUCGCUGGCUUUUCAGUCGCAACCUCAGCACUAGACCAAGGCACUGAACGCCUCCUUUACUCAUUGAGUUCCUGGGUACAAAUGCAAUUGAUCUUUUCCUGUCAGCUUUCAGAGGAAUAGCAAGGAAGGUGAAGUUGAAGGGUUGUUUUUGUGUGUGAUUUCAAGUCAUUUCCGACUGAGGGUGACUUUAAGGUGGGCCUAUUGCAGGGUCUCGGUUAUAUUUCCCCCUGAUAUGCACUAAUGUUAUAGAUUCAGUGAAAUGCAUCUGAGGAAAUAGACUGAAGUCUAGGAAAGCUCCUGCUGCCAACUUCUUUCUUUCAGUGAGCCUCAAAGGUGCUCCAAGAUCCCUCUGUUUACUGACUCUACAGACUAACAUGGCUAUAGCUUUGAAUUCAGUGAAAUGGCUUUGUCUGAACCUUGUUAAAUCCUGCUUAAGUUAAAUCAUCUUGCAAAAUUGCAAGGAAGAGUUGCCCGAAAAAAACAAAAAGAGGUGGAGAUGAAGGGGCUGGAAACCUUUGGAUGCCCAUAUUAUUUUGACCUACAAAUUCCACGAGGGGAUUAAAGAGUGAUUAAACUAUCAAAAUCAUGAAAAUCAAAGGGUCAUCUGCAGCACAACAAGAUGAAAAGUAUAUUGUGGUUCUGUUUCCCUUUGGAACUCCCUGCCACCGGAUGUAAUAAACCUAAAGAAUAAAUGGACUUCAUCCCUGAACAAAAGGGGGAGACCUAUAUGAGGCCCAAACCCACUGACUUGACUCAGCUUGUCCUUGUUAAUGGUGCAUCCACACUGGAGGAAUAAUGCAGUUCGAUACCCCUUUAACUGCCAUGGCUCUGUGAUACAGGUUUGGGGCACCAGAGGAGGCCAAAGACCUUGUAAAACAUGCCACGAUUUACUAGGAUGGAGCUUCAGUGCUUUAAAGUGGUCUCAAGCUGCGUUAGUUCUACAAUGCAGAUGCUACCCUAUGCUGGGACCCUUUCCUCCGAAUGGCGGCACGAGUGGAGACGGAAAUGCCCGAAGUUAACCUCAUCGCGGCGGAAAUUGCCGAUUGGGAGGCGAGUUCGGAGGCGGAAACUGCCGAUUGGCAAUCGGAGGUGGGCGGGGCUUCCCGAAGGCUCUUCGGAGGCGCUCCUUGAGAUCAUGGAGUUCCCGAGUUCGAUCCCGGGCAGCGGCCAUUGCUGCGGUCUCUGCCAAGCCCCGGCCGCCCCUUAUACCUGCCCCCGGUGCCACCUCCGCCUCUGCUCCGUGCCUUGCUACCGCGGGCACGGCUCCUGCGCCCAGGACUUCCAGAGCCGGGAGCUCCAACUCCGGUUCCAGGGGCUGCGGGGGGACGAGGCUUCCCGACGCCGGCUGAGGGAGGCCCUUCUCCGGCUAAGGGAGCUACGCGAGCCCGGGGAUGCGGAGGCCCAGCUAGGCCUCGAUCCCAAUUUUGACCUAGAAGAGGAGGCGGAGGAGAAGGAACUGUGGGAGCAGCUGAACCCCGAGCAGCGCAAGGCCUUCCAGGCUUUGCUGAGCAGCGGAGAGAUUUCAUCCCUCCUUCCUCCCUGGAAGCCUUGGUGGGACCAAACUGGGGCAGCCCUGAUCGAGGAACUAGGGUCCUCAAAUGGCCAGGCACCACUGAUUCCUUCUCAGGGAGGAGAAGCAUCCUCCAAAAGCCCAGAAAAGCAGACCUCCAGUGAUAUUUCACACCUUGCGCAAGCUGCGCGUCUCUUGAACUCGGUACCGGACUUAAUUCCGCCUCUGGCUUCCCUCACUGCGAACCCAGUGUCGCCCUUGGUCCGCUUCCAGCUCCCGAACGCACUCUAUGCUUAUGCCUACUCCCUAUCACUCUAUAAUGGGGACGUCGAUGACGACGGGCAGCUGCUCCCCGAAUUUUGCGAGACCGUCCUGGAUGUUUCGGGGUCCCUGGGGGCCAGGAGGGUCUACCAGUCGGUGGCGGAGGCCCUGCAAGACGCCCUGCGCUCCCUGGCGGACGGAGAGUACCCCGAAUGCCCCCUGGGCAACGCCAGGGUGAUGUUGGCCGUGGGCCGGAUCUUGAUGGGCCAGUGCCAGGCCAAGCAGAAGGGCUUUGCCUUGGCCGCCCUCAGCCACCUUUCCAGGCUGCUCCGCAAAGGGAAGAAGAGGGUCCCAGCCCAGGACCGGGGCCGGCUCUUUGGGGCCCAGAAGAAGUGCGACUUCCUCCUCUCCUGGGUGAACGACAACCAGGCCGAGUUGACCCUCCUGGCUUUGGAGGUCCAAAGGGAAUACAAGAGCCAUGCGGACGCGGUCCAGGCCCUGGGAGCCGUCACCCAGGAGCUGGAAAAGAUGUGGGGCGGCAAAGUGCCCCCGGCUAAGAAGCCCUUGAUCGAAGAACUGGACUGAGAAGAGACUUUGGAGAAGUGUUUCUAUUGCUCAGCGUUCUUGGCUAAGCCUCAUGGGAUGUAGAGUCCAGGAAGGGCUAGAAAAUGGACCACUUGUAUUUGAAACGCUCACCCACAAGCCUUGAGGGGGAAGAUGGCUUCUCUUUGCUGGAAGCAAGAUUAGUGUCUGGGCUUCGUUGCCCAGGAUUCUUGGCUAAGCCUGAUGGGAUGUGGAGUCCAGGGACAGCUAGAAGUGGCAUCCCCAUCUUUAAAAUGCCCCCCGCAGGCCUUGAAGGAGGAUGGCUUCUCUUUCCUGGAAGCAGGAUUAUGUUUCUUCCAGUAGGAAAUUGGUUGCAAAUGCUUUACAAACCGAAUGAGGUUUUGGAUUAGGGACGGACCCAGAUGUCCAAGUGGCAUGGAUUAGCCCCUUCCUGGGGAUGUGUAACCAGACGGCCUUCGACACAGGCCUUGGUUUAAGAGACAUAGUAAUAAAAGGUGGCCUGACUUGC